AUGGCUCAGUUUCCCACGCCCUUCGGAGGUGAGUGCCACCCGCCACCAAACCAGAUUGACAGCCGUCUGACUGGCACACUGUGUGUGUGUGUGUGUGUGUGUGUGUGUUUGUUUGUGUCACAAGCGUCCGUAUGUGUGUGAGAAAUCAAAUAAAAUUGUAUUUGUCACGUGCGCCGAAUAAAACAGGUGUAGACCUUACAGUGAAAUGCUUACUUACAAGCCCUUAAACAACAAUGCAGUUUUAAGAAAAAUACGUGUUAAGAAAGUAUUGACUAAAAUAAACUGAAGUUUAAAUAAAUUGCCGUGCGGUAGCAGAGGGAACAGUCUAUGACUAGGGUGGCUGGAGUCUUUGGCAAUUUUUAGGGCCUUCCUCUGACACCGCCUGGUAUAGAGGUCCUGGAUGGCAGGAAGCUUGGCCCCAGUGAUGUACCGGGCCGUACGCAUUACCCUCUGUAGUGCCUUGCGGUCGGAGGCCGAGCAGUUGCCAUACCAGGGGGUGAUGCAACCAGUCAGGAUUUGGUAUUUUGGUAUUUGAUUAGGAUCCCCAUUAGCUGUUGCAAAAGCAGCAGCUACUCUUCCUGGGGUCCACACAAAACAUGAAACAUGACAUAAUACAGAACAUUAGUAGAUUCCUCAAACUCAACUCUGAACCUUCGAAGCCAGUUCCACUGCAUUUUAGCAUUGCUCCCCUUUAAUCCUGGACUGAUUUCAACCUGAGACACCAGGUGGGUGCAAUUAAUGAUCAGGUAGAACAGAGAACCAGCAGGCGCCGUACCUCGUAGGGUAAGAGUUGAAUACCCCUAACCUACAUAGUGCACUAUAUAGGAAAUUGGGUGGCAUUUGGGACGCAGACUUGGUGUAUGGUGGUAACCUCAGAUCACCAACCACCACUUCAUUUACUCCCCUCUCUCUCUCUCUCUCUCUUCCCCCCCCCCCCCCCCCGACUCUCACCUUAAUGCUGAAUUCCAUGACUAUACAGACACUUAACUGAACCACCCCCACACACAGGCCAGGUGAGAGCUUCAACUGAUUUUUCUCUCUCAGGGGGUCUGGACGCCUGGGUGAUCUCUCUGGACGAGCGAGCCAAACAUGACCAGCAGUUUGUCAGCCUGGCCCCCACACCAGCUGGCUACAUCACAGGUCAGCUUCACUCACAGCAGGGGAGGGGGGAGGGGAUGGACAAAUGAAGGGAAAGAGUGGUGGAGGACAUUCUUUGCAGUACAGCAUCAUGUCAGGCAGAAGUUACUUGAAGAUAGCAGAAGAUCACUUGAUAAGUAUUUUGUCUUAUAUCUCUCACACACACACACACACACACAGUACCAGGUCAAAGGUGAAGGGUUAAUGAAGCGUGGUGGACUGAGGCUAGGGCGGGCCUUGAAGUGUUUCAUUCCCUACAGCCCACACAGUAGCAAGCAAGUCAUUCUCCACUCCCCCAAGCAAGUCAUUCUCCACUCCCCCAAGCAACGUCAUUCUCCACUCUCCUCACUAUUAGAAAGGACAUUUCAGUCACUCACACUCACAUGAUCAUCUGAUAUCAUUGCCUUGGUGUUUUUAUUUCAAACACAACCUUGCACAACCUCUCAUCAUUUUAGAGAAGUAUAAGUGCUUGUUUCACUCUGCUCCUUCAGCAAUAAGUAUUUCGCAAGCCCCAGUCAUUUCAUACAUCUCAAAAUUGAUGAUUGUGUUCAAAUUGAAAGAGGAACCAACUGGCUUUUUUCUCUCUGUGUGUUUGAAUAGAUAUAUCCAUAAUGGUGUCCAACAGACUCAACAGUAUUAUAAUAUUAUUUUCCCUUCUCAUUGUCCGUAGGUGACCAGGCCAGGAAUUUCUUCCUGCAGUCAGGCCUGCCUCCUCCCAUCCUCGCACAGAUAUGGUGAGUGUCUCCUCUCUGCUUCCUCUCCCUCCAUCUCUCCCAUUCUUAACUCAAUCUGCUGCUAAUGUCAACCACUGUUCUCUCUCUUUCUCUUUGCUUUUCUCUUGUUUUUGUCAUUCUCCUCUCUCCGUCUUCCACUCCACUGUCUCUCUCUCUCUAUCCAAUUGCUUUAUCGACAUGACAUUCACAAGGACAUAUUGCUAAAGCUGAGAUUCAGAACAACAAUGAUAAUAAUCAGCAUAAUGUAAUCAUAUCUCUUUACUUUCUCCCUCUCUCGCUCUCUCUCCUUCUCUCAGGGCCCUGGCCGAUAUGAACAAUGAUGGGAAGAUGGACAUGCACGAGUUCUCCAUCGCCAUGAAGCUGAUCAAGCUCAAGCUGCAGGGUCACCCCCUGCCCCCCUCUCUGCCCCCCUCCAUGAAGCAGCCGCCCCUCACCCUGCCCCCGCCGCCCACCGCACCCUUCGGUAAGGGACAAGACAGGGGCAGGGUGCAUCUCAAUAGUCUAAAGUGGCUUCCUUUCUUCCAUCUGCACUGAUCUGUACAGCAGGAUAGGUAAAAGCAGUGUGGCGGAUGGAAUUUUAUUAAAUUUUUGCUUUGACCUGUCCACUUGUUCUUUCUUCAGUUCAGUGCAGGUGAUGUAAAAGACACUAGGAGAGUAUGCCCUAGGCUAUGAGAUACACCCAUGUUACAGUCCCAAUGGCCACCAUUAACUAAAUGGACUUUAGAGUGCUCAAAGCCAUAUCAUCUGCACCAUCUAUGUACAUUGCUAAAUGUUUCACUGGGGCAAUUUAAUUUAAAACCUUUAACUACCUGAUUACCUACUAUCUCAAAGCACAACCAUAAUAUGCCGUUUCUGUUAUUUGAACAGGCAACGGUCUGGGUCAAUAUAGUGUUGCUCCCCCUGACUACCAGGGCAUAUUGCUGUCUCUAGGAAGGCACUGCUUGUUUAUGACCAGAGAAAUAUCGUACAUUUUCAAGAGAAUCAGUCAGAAUUCAGCACUUGUAGACACAGUGUUAAAAGAAUAGGCUUGUCAAUAGAAAAUGAAUAGAGGUCUGUUGUCUUAUGUUUGUCUGACAUACUUUACUUCAUUCCACCCUGCAGGAAUGCAUGGUUUAGGGGUAAUGCCAGGCCUCCCAGCAGUCCCUCCAUUACCCAUGCCUCCUAUGCCAGGGGUGGGUAUGUCCCCCCCUCUGGUGUCAUCGGUUCCCCCGUCUGUACCCCCCAUGGCCAACGGAGCACCAAUGACUGGCUUCUCCCACCCAGGUAUGGACCAAUCAGCAUCGCCGUUAGACACGCCACUGAAUAGUCAAAGUGGAGUUCUGGUGAAUGACAGUGAAGCCCUCUGGCAACGUUUUAGAUCAUCUCCACUUUGUUGAUUUAAUCCUUUCUUAACCUCACUAACAAAUUCCUUUUGUGAUUCCCCGUUUUAUUCUGCUCCCCGCCUCUCUCGGUCUCUUUCUCUCAUCUCUCUCUCUCUCUCUCUCUCUCUCUCUCUCUCUCUCUCUCUCUCUUUCAGCCACGACACUCAACAAAAGCUCUUCUUUCAACCGCUCCAGUGCCAAGCUGCAGGGACAGUCCUUUGAGACUACUAGGUGAGUCACAUGUCACCCACUUGGAAGAAUGGCCCCUGCUCGCUGGGCCCAAACUCAAAGGGACAGAUGUAGCUAUGUUUGUGCUUAUUAGACUGCUGCAUACUCUAAUUUUAUCAAGGCACUGAGUCUUUUUUUGAACACACAACAGGCUAGCUCAUUAAAAAGCCAUCACAUCACUUUGAGAGGAGAUCCCUUUGUUAAAAAGAGAGAUGAACAGGCUACGUCCCAUUUUGUCAGUUGAAACAGUGAAACAAAUAAGACAAAAAAACAGAACUUGAGCGUGCAUAACUAUUCACCCCCCCAAAGUCAAUACUUUGUAGAGCCACCUUUUGCACCAAUUACAGCUGCAAGUCUCUUGGGGUAUGUCUCUAUAAGCUUGGCACAUCUAGCCACUGGGAUUUUUUCCUAUUCUUCAAGGCAAAACUGCUCCAGCUCCUUCAAGUUGGAUGGGUUCUGCUGGUGUACAGCAAUCUUUAAGUCAUACCACAGAUUCUCAAUUGGAUUGAGGUCUGGGCUUUGACUAGGCCAUUCCAAGACAUUUAAAUGUUUCCCCUUAAACCACUCGAGUGUUGCUUUAGCAGUAUAAUUAGGGUCAUUGUCCUGCUGGAAGGUGAACCUCCGUCCCAGUCUCAAAUCUCUGGAAGACUGAAACAGGUUUCCCUUAAGAAUUUCCCUGUAUUUAGCGCCAUCCAUCAUUCCUUCAAUUCUGACCAGUUUUCCAGUCCCUGCCAAUGAAAAACAUCCCCACAGCAUGAUGCUGCCACCACCAUGCUUCACUGUGGGGAUGGUGUUCUCGGGGUGAUGCGAGAUGUUGGGUUUGUGCCAGACAUAGCAUUUUCCUUGAUGGCCAAAAAGCUCAAUUUUAGUCUCAUCUGACCAGAGUACCUUCUCCCAUAUGUUUGGGGAGUCUCCCACAAUCCUUUUGGCGAACGUGUUUUGCUUAUUAUUUUCUUUUAAGCAAUGGCUUUUUUCUGGCCACUCUUCCGUAAAGCUCAGCUCUGUGGAGUGUACGGCUUAAAGUGGUCCUAUGGACAGAUAUUCCAAUCUCCUCUGUGGAGCUUUGCAGCUCCUUCAGGGUUAUCUUUGGUCUCUUUGUUGCCUCUCUGAUUAAUGCCCUCCUUGCCUGGUCUGUGAGUUUUGGUGGGCGGCCCUCUCUUGGCAGGUUUGUUGUGGUGCCAUAUUCUUUCCAUUUUUAAUAAUGGAUUUAAUUGUGCUCCGUGGGAUGUUCAAAGUUUGGGAUAUUUUUUUAUAACCCAACCCUGAUCUGUACUUCUCCACAACUUUGUCCCUGACCUGUUUGGAGAGCUCCUUUGUCUUCAUGGUGCUGCUUGCUUGGUGGUGCCCCUUGCUUAUUGGUGUUGCAGACUCUGGGGCCUUUCAGAACAGUAUAUAUAUAUAUACUGAGAUCAUGUGACACUUAGAUUGCACACAGGUGGACUUUAUUUAACUAAUUAUGUGACUUCUGAAGGCAAUUGGUUGCACCAGAUCUUAUUUAGGGGCUUCAUAGCAAAGGGGGUGAAUACAUAUGCACGCACCACUUUUCUGUUAUACAUUUUUUUGAAUUGUUUGAAACAAGUUAUUUUUUUCUUUUCACUUCACCAAUUUGAACUAUUUUGUGUAUGUCCAUUACAUAAAAUCCAAAUAAAAAUCAAUUUAAAUUACAGGUUGUAAUGCAACAAAAUAGGAGAAACGCCAAGGGGGAUGAAUACUUUUGCAAGGCACUGUACUGUACUUUUCAGACGCAUUUGUUGAUAAUGAAAUCUGAAAAUACUCUGGAUACAUUCAGUUACAUGGUAAGAAUAUUAUUGUAAAUGUUGGGGUAGGUGCAACAUAAGACAAAAAAUGACAAGGGUUUGAGUGAGAGGUCUAACUGGUGUCUCCAAGUGGCCACACACCUCUCCAACGUGUGCACAGUUCCUAAGUAAUUUCAAUGCACUUUGUUGACUCAAAGAAGGGUCUUCAACUAUAAGCUCUGCUAGCUGUGCCGUUGAGGAACUAGAGCAAGCACACUUGUUUGGAACAGACCUGCAUCCCCGCAAUCAAACAAUUACUGUUUACGCAAUCCAAAAACGGGCUAUUUAUAAAUCUAUUUCCAACAUGACUAGCUAAGUUAUAAAAUAUGAUCUUACAGUGUUAUCAAAAAGUCUGUUUGAAAAGACGCUUUUAAUAAAAUAUUGUCUCCCCCCUCUCCAUCUCAGCACCCCUGUGCCCUCCCAGCCUCCCAUUGACUGGGCUGUUCCCAGCUCGUCACGGCUAAAGUACCGGCAGCUCUUCAACAGCCACGACAAGAUGAUGAGCGGCCACCUCACCGGUAAGACCUUGUCUGUCAACAAUACACACUGCGGUUUAUCCAAUCCACAUCAGGUUUCUCAAAAGAGCUGUUUCUUUCAGGACCCCAAGCAAGAACCAUCCUGAUGCAGUCCAGUUUGCCCCAGACCUCGCUGGCAUCCAUAUGGUAAGAGCUGGGAGUGGGGCCAAUACUUUUGGCACAUUUGGCACUAAUUCCUGUAUGUUCACACGUUGCUGCGCUCUGUUCUCUGACUACUGCUUCUCUCCGCUGACUCUGGGUAGAAGUUUCCUUUAGGCACAGAUCUAGGAUCAGCUUAACCAUCAUAUUGCAAAACUAGUCAUAAAUCAGUUGCUGUUUAGGAGGGUGAAACGCAAAACUGGUCGCGGAUCAGUUGUCGUCAGGGUGCUCCUAAACGACACUGUGUUUCACCUUCCUCCACUCUGCUAGUCACAGGACAGGAAGUGCAUGGCUGGUGGUAACACGCCACGUCUUUCUCUCCCUCUCCCUGUUUCUCUGUAGGAACCUGUCGGACAUCGACCAGGACGGCAAGCUGACGGCCGAGGAGUUCAUCCUGGCCAUGCACCUGAUUGACAUGGCCAUGUCCGGCCUGCCCCUGCCCCCUAUCCUGCCCCCAGACUUCAUCCCCCCCACCUUUAGGUACAAUCCACUGCUGUCUGGCAAUGCCCCUUAGCUCUACCUCUGUCUGCAGAGUAUGCAUUGAUACUGGCACUUACCUUAGGCAGUCUUGUCUAAAGAUGCCUUAUUGAUCUUAUUGCCCCACACCACGGCCAGGAGUUUUUCCUGGUCAAGACUCACGGUCAGGAAAAACUCCUGGUCCUGCCCAUCCAUGCCCCAUAUGAGGUGCUGUAGGUUAGUGAGCUGCUCUGACUGACUGUGGUCUGAUGUUGUACGUCUCCAGGAGGGUGCGUAGCGGUAGCGGGGUGUCUCUCACCAGCCUGCACUCCACUGACCAGAGGGUCCAAGAGGAGGCCGAAGAGGAGCAAGAGAGCGAGAAACAGAAGCUGGAGAAAUGUAACCACUCUUAAAUUCAUAGACAGAUCUAUGGAUGAUGUAAUGACUGACCAUCCAUGGGAUCAAAAUGAUAGUUCUGAAGCUAUACAGUGUUUGUUUACAAUUACAUUGUUAAUGAACAAUGGAGUUAAAACGAGUUUAUAUUUUGGGUUCGGAUGGGGUACGACAGUUGAACUAAGCUCACAAGCAUUUGAGUUAUAUUCUACUAGAAUCUAUGGCUAUGUAUCGUCAAUUCUAAAGUCCAAAAAUGUAUCUACCUAUCCCAGAUUGCUCCUUUAAACACACAGAAAAAUGCUCCUUUAUAAAUAUAAAUGGUAUAUAAAAAUGCCCCCAGUUUUCCCAGAAAUGCCCCUGAAAAUUAGGCAACAGGGCAAAAUAUGUCCCCCUUCUCUCUCGCGCUCUCUCUCUCUCUGACCCCUCUCUCUCUCUGACCCCUCUAUCUCUCUCUCUCCCUCCCCAAAGUGACAUUCGAGGACAGGAAGCGGGAGAACUUUGAGCGGGGCAACCUGGAGCUGGAGAAGCGUCGGCAGGCCCUGCUUGAGCUGCAGCGCAAGGAGCAGGAGCGUCUGGCAGCGCUGGAGCGCGAGGAGCAGGAGAGGAAGGAGCGCGAGCGGCUGGAGCAGGAGAGGAGGCGGCAGCAGGAGCUGGAGAGGCAGCUAGAGAAGCAGCGGGAGCUGGAGAGGCAGCGGGAGGAGGAAAGACGCAAGGAGAUCGAGAGGAGAGAGGUGAGGAGAGGUGGAAAAGACGGGGAAGGAGGAUGGAGAAGGAAAAGACAGGGGAAGGAGGACAGUGAGGAUAGAGUAAAGAGGGAGCUGGAGAGGCAGAGGGAGGAGGUCGAGAGGGGAGGAGGGGGGAGAUGGGAAAGAGGUGUAAGGGGGAAAGUGAAGAACACUGGAACCAAUGGAGAUAUUGAGAGGAAGACCGCAGAGAAGAGGUGUGUGUGUGUGCAUAUUAACCAUAUAAAUAAUCUGGGGCGGCAGAUAGCUUAGUGGGUAAGAGCGUUGUGCCAGUAACCGAAAGGUCGCUGGUUCUAAUCCCCGAGCCGACUAGGUGAAAAAUCUGUCGAUGUGCCCUUAAGCAAGGCACUUAACCCUAAUUGCUCCUGUAAGUCGCUCUGGAUAAGAGCGUCUGCUAAAUGACUCAAAUGUAAAUGUAAAUAGAAUAUACUCAAGUCAUUCUAUUACUUUGUCUUUUUAAGAUUGUAAAUUCACUCUUUUCUUAUUUUGUUGCUUUAAUGACAGGGCAGGACAGGUGUAGAGAAAAGGGUGAAAAUGGGGAUUGAACCCAGGUCUCCGGCAGGAAGUUGAAUGUGUGCAUAGAACUGGAAGUGUUACCACUCAAACACGGCUGGCUCUGUACAAUUUCUACGUAUACAGUAUAACAUUCCCUCUGUGUUUCCUCGGGCUAGGCGGCGAAGCGGGAGCUGGAGCGCCAGCGUCAGUUGGAGUGGGAGAGGAACCGCCGGCAGGAGCUGCUGACCCAGAGGAACCGAGAGCAGGAAAACAUUGUCCUGCUCAAAGCCCGCAAGAAGACCCUGGAGUUUGAGCUAGAGGCACUGGUAAAGACAGAGACACACAAUCAUACCUUUAGUCCCAAGAUGUCUUUGCUUUAUUAUUUUGAAGAAAAUAGAAUAAUGUAUGGUAUUUAGUUUCUCAGUUCAUUCUCUCCCCCCCCCCCCCCCAGAACGACAAGAAGAGCCAGCUGGAGGGCAAGCUGCAGGACAUCCGCUUCCGCCUGUCUGCCCAGCGGCAUGAGAUUGAGAGCACCAACAAGAACCGCGAGAUCCGCAUUGCAGAGAUCACCCACCUCCAACAGCAGCUGCAGGUACGGACACAUCUUGUGUAACACACAGUACUCUAUGUAAUUAUUGGGACAGUGAAGCUUUUUUUCUACUUUUGGCUCUAUACUCCAAAAGUUUGGAUUUGAAAUCAAACAAUGUGCAUACUGUCAGCUUUAAUUUUAGGGUUUUUUCAUCCAUCUAUGGUGAACUGUUUAGAAAUUACAGCACUUUUUGUACAUAGUCCCCCCAUUUUAGGGGACAAAUUCACUUGUGUAGUAAAAAGUUAAGUAUUUGGUCCCAUAUACAAAGUACUCAAUGACUACAUCAAGCUUGUGACUCUACACAUUUUUUGGAAGCAUUUGCUGUUUGUUUUGGUUGUGUUUCAGAUUAUUAUGUGCCCAAUAGAAAUGAAUGGUAAAUAAUGAAUUGUGUAACUUUGGAGUCACUUUUUAUUUUAAAUAAGAAUAUAAUAUGUUUCUAAACACUUCUACAUUAAUGUGGAUGCUACCAUGAUUAAAGAUAAUCCUGAAUGAAUAGUGAAUAAUGAUGACUGAGAAAGUUAGACGCACAAAUAUCAUACCCCCAAGACAUGCUAACCCUCACCAUUACAAUAACAGGGGAAGUUAGCAUUUUUGGUGGGGUAUGAUAUUUAGACGUUUAACUUUCUCACUCAUCAUUAUUUGCUAUUUAUUCAGGAUUAUCCGUAAUUAUGGUAACAUCCACAUUAAUGUAGAAGUGUUUAGAAACAUAUUCAAUUCUUAUUUAUAAUAGUGACUUCAAAAUGACUCCAUACAUUAUUAUAAAGCCAAAAGAAGAAGAAAUGCUUCGCUGUCCCAAUAAUUAUGGAGGGCACUGAAGACUGCAUCGUAUACAGAGGUACACACACACACACACCGGGGUUUCCGUUAGCCGGUAAUAGCCGGCUUUUGUGCCGAUAAAAAAAUAAAUAAUGAAAAACCGAUAAAUAAUACUGGCGGCAAUUGUCCGGGAGAAGAAAAAGAGAAUCGCAUAGCAAAAUAAUGCUUUUUAACCAAUGCAUUGAUGGAAAUACCAGUCGAUGGAAAUGCAUUUGUCCGGUCAUGAUUAUCGGUCUAAAGGUUAAUUUGCAAAUUUGAGUGGAAUGAAAUUGGCGCGUGUGUAUUUUCAUUAGUCGUUAUGUUUAUCACACGCACAGAGCCUAUGAGCGGAAAAUCUGUCAGACAGCGCGAGAGCCGCUGCUACAGCUUCUCAAACAGCUCAUUUGUGCUUUUAUAAGCCCAAUCAUUGCGUCAAAAUACUGAAUGCAAUCGUAUGUAAAAAACAGUUUUGAUGACGACGAUUAAAGAGCUACUAUUUUUAUUUCUCAACUGGUAAUUGAAGCGCGCUUCCCAUUCGCCAUUCAAGUGCAUAUAGGAAAUGGUUGGCAGCCUUCAGCGCGUCACACACCAAUUUGCAAUGAGCUGGAGGCAGUAUGCAUUUUUUAAAACAUAUACUUUAUUGUUUAAAACCUGAACAUUUGACUUCAUAUUAUGAGACAUGUCUUACCUUCAAAGUAAAAUCCGAACAUAGAAACGUGGAGGCACUUUAUUUCAUUGUCCAGUAGCCGAAGACACAAUCCUAGUCAUAUUAGCAACCCAUGCUAGUUGUUGCGUCUUUAGAUCGCCCGUCUUAAAAAAUAUAUUUCCAUCUGUCACAUGAAACCACUCGCAUGUGCAGUGCGCUUUUGACAAUUGUAGUUCCCCAAAUUGCAUUAUGGAACAAGCAUUUGCGUGUAGCCUGUACUGCCUUGUGUGCAUUGCUACGCUUAAUGUGAAGAAAUAAUAGUUUGUCAACAUUUUAAGCUAAACAUUUUGAUCUGUUGCAUCAGCCUCAUUGUUAUUAAAAAAAAUAUAUAUAUAUAUGUAGCAGGCCCCGUGUAGCUCAGUUGUUAGAGCAUGGCGCUUGCAACGCCAGGGUUGUGGGUUCGAUUCCCACGGGGGGGCAAGUAUGAAACAAAAAAAACAACAACAAAAAAACAUGUAUGCACUCACUAACUGUAAGUCGCUCUGGAUAAGAGCGUCUGCUAAAUGACUAAAAUGUAAAAUGUAGCCUAGGCCUACUGAUUGUAUGAAUUUGGGAUCUAUUAUCCAACAACUGUCCCAGAGUCAGUUUUAGAAUAGGCUUUUUCUUUCUUGCACAGAACGACAAGCUGACCAAUAUCCCCCAAUAGAAUACAUACACUUUUCUACUAUGGGGGAUAUUGGAUUGGCAUAGGCUAGUGAUUUUGCUAUUCAUUUAUCUUCUUGUUGGCUGAGGAAAAGUAAAUGUGGCAGUUAUUUUAAGAUCUUAAAAGUUUGCAUCGGAAUUCGGUAAGAAGGAUGCAUGCCGUUGCAUCCUCGAGUUGCAUGUUCUGUUAAUGAAUUACCAUAAUCGAAAUGUGAUUUCUGUCAUAUUGAGCACCGUGGGUGGACGCCCUAAACAGUUUACGCACACAAUGCUUAUGGGUCCGGUAGAUUUCUCAAAUGUCCGUUAAAUUACAACGCUGCCGGUCAAAUGUCCGGCGCCACAUUUUCCUAACGGAAACCCUGACACACACAUACAUUCCAAUGUAGCCUCAGGUGGAUAUCCUCCACCCAAACCCUGUACAGUUUAGGGAUGUGACAAAUGGACAAUUUUGCUUAACGUUUAAACAACCAUUAUUUUAUCGGUUUUCUGUUAAAAUGAUAAGUAAAAAUCAUACAAUUCCACGUCAAUUUCCAAUGCAGAAUAAUGGUACUGUUACGUAUGUAUGACCGCUAGGGCUGGGCAAGGAAGUUAUAUCUACCGCAACCCUUUACAGACAUAGAACGCAGCUACAGUAACAUGUCGAUAGCUACAAUUGGUAACUUUUCAGAUAAUUCAAAAAAGUGACAGUAGAAUUCUGCUCCAGCAUAAAAUGUUCUAUAUUUUUUCCCUAACCACAACAAACGUUGCUGAUUGAUGUGCUGUUUCUUUUAUGCCGUUUUUUUUUGGUAUGGAAGCUAGAUGUUUUAUUUCUACAAAAUGUAUUAGUCAAAAUGUAACAAACUUUAAAGUACUUUUUUUAUGAGAGAUUAGUCUGCGUGCAGUAGCUCAAGAUUAUUUGAUUGAUGGUUUUGUUUGCCUAGUGAUAGAAGAAUUUGUAUGUUUAAGGUAAUGACUAAAGUAUUCCACCCCGAAACUGUAUAACUGUGUGAAAUGUGUUACAAUCAUAAGACUAUAAUCUGAUGAUGUGUGUAGCUUAGUUAGACUUAGAAAUAGGACCUUGUGGUCUUUUGCAGCUAUGCAUGCAGGGGUCUGAUGGGAAACCAGAUGUCCCCACCUAGGGAGGGGAAGCGAGAGGCUUGUAGACGAGAAAACCAUGUAGAGGCCUAAUGGAAAAAUACAGCCCGUCUAAGCAGGGAGUAGCCUAUGAUAAGAACUUGUGUGUGAAUAAAAGGACUUGCUCUGCACUUUGGGGACUAUUGCAGACUGGGACUUUGUUUAAUUAUUUAUUAACCAGAGCCUUACAACCUCUGGGAAUUAUUCAAAGCUUGAGUGAUAGUUGAGUUCAACCAUUGAGAUAGGAAAAUUCUCGUGACACCUAGUGAUGGACGUUAGUCCCACUUCAAAUGCCUUAUUCCUUUACAGACAAGUAAAAUGCAUGCCCCUUCAUAUCUCCAGGGAAGAAAAGUCUAUAGUGUAGCCUACCCUAACAGACAGACAAACAAACAUGCCGUAGCCGAGGCGCUUUCAAGGGGCCACAUUCCAUUAUGUCUGAAAAGGGUAAUCGAUAAAGGCUACCGGUAGCCUACUGUAUAUUAAUAUUAUGAGGCAAUCUGUAUCCCGGCGACAUCGGUGCCAUGAGUUGGCUAGGAUAUUCUACAUACAAUAGACCGAAGACUGAACACACACUUGGAUCAUUAGCAAAGAGACCGAGCAGGCAGGCCAGCGCAAGGGGAGUGUCACGACUUCCGCCGAGGCUGCCUCGCCUCCUUGUUCGGGCAGGCUUCGGCGUUCGUCGUCACCGGAGUACUAACCACUGCCACCCCAAUCAUCAUCACGAUUGUCUUGUCAAUCACACACACCUGGUUCUAUUCCCCUAAUUAGUCAGUGUAUAAGUGUUCCCUCUGCCCCCAUUGUCCUUGUGGGUGAUUGUUUAUUUGUGGAGGUUAGUGGAGCUUGUAUAUUGUGUAUCGACGGGAGUAUUUUUCCCGUAUGCCUUGUAUUUUCCAGUGCGCCUGUUUUGUGCCCUGGAGUGUGUUUGACGCAUUUCUGCGUAAACCUGUAUUUUGCGGAUUAAAGCCUGUUAUUCUGUGAUUUACCCUCCUGCGCCUGACUCCUUCAUCACCACCUCAUCACAGGGAGGGUGAGGAGGGGCAGGCAGAAACGUGCUCAUAUGUUUUGGUAAUCUGCAUCUCACAAUGUCUUGCCUUGCAAAUUCACCAAAGUAGCCUAAAGUUUGCCUCUUCCUCUCUGCUUUUAUUUGAAUUACUAAACUUUCCCAUGCCUUUAUAGCCUAUCGCUAUAACACAGAAAAUAGUAUGUUUUGUGAUAACUGCACUGUGAUUUUAAUUAAGUGGGGGGGGGGGGGGGGGGAAACAAAAAAACAGUUAGGGAUCCGAAGUUCACACCCCUAGUACAGAUGCAGUUUCCCUAAGACUUGCCGUUGCUGUGUGUCUCCCGCAGGACUCUCAGCAGUGGCUCGGCAGGCUGAUCCCUGACAAACAGUGUCUAAACGAACAACUCAAACAGGUCCAACAGAACAGCCUGCACAGUAAGUACUGCUUCCUCAUCUCACCUCCGCACAUCUUUCAACAGAGCGCGUCGCCCAGAUCCCUGAUCAAAAGUAGUGCACUAUAUAGGGAAUAGGGUGCCAUUUGGGACUCAGACCAUGUACUAUAUGCUUUGCUAUUAUAGAUGGCUUGUGAAUUCUCUGCUAAGUCGAUACAAUAAUUCCCCUAUAAAUGCACUGUUUUAUUCCCCCAUGUACUUGUCAUAAAUGAGUAGUUAGCUUUAGCUUGAUUGCUAGCUAGUCCUAGCUAUGCUAUCAUACUGUACAUGGGUAGGCCACAUUGGACUGAUUUAUAACCUGUACUAUAGUGUUUCCCCUACUGUAGUAUAGGUGUGGAAGUGCCCCCCACCUAGCGCCACAUAAAAUAAUCUGGCCUAUUAGUUUUAAUUGACAAUCUGUUGCCUGAGAGGCCUUUGUACACCACCUGCAAACAAAACUAAGGGAAAGACUGACUGCCGUACUAUACUUAAGCAAUAAGGCCAGAGGAGGUGUGGUAUAUGACCAAUAUACCACCGCUACAUUCUUACGCAUGACGCAGUGCGUAGUACCUGGAUACAGCCAUUAGCCGUGGUAUAUUGGCCGUAUACCACAAACGCCCUAGGUGCCUUAUUGCUGUUAUAAACUGGUUACCAAAGUAAUUAGAACAGUACAAAUAAAAAAUGUUCAUACCCGUGGUAUAUGGUCUGAUAUACCACGGCUUUCAGCCAAUCAGCAUUCAUGGCUCGAACCACCCGGUUUAUAAUAACCGAUACGGCGCUUGCUCUCUGGGUCAUAUUCACUAGGCUCAAAACGAAAAGAUUGCUAUGCUGGGCACUAAUAAAUACAACCCCGUCCCUGUCCAGGAGACUCCCUGGCGUCGCUGCAGAAGGCGGUGGAGGUCAAGGAGUCUAGUCGGCAGCAGCUGAGAGAACAGCUAGACACUGUGGAGAGAGAGACCCGCUCCAAACUGCUGGAGAUAGACGCCUUCAACACCCAGCUCAAGGUACUACUACUCACUAACGAUUCAUCUGACUAGGUUAAAGACCAGAGCCUGGUUUUUAAGGCUAAGUUCAUCGUUAGAACCUUCGUAGGAGCAUCGUUAAAUCUCUGAGCUGUUUCCCAAAACCAUCAUUAGUAAAGUUUCACUUGAAAAUGCUUGUUAUUUACCGACUGCCCCAGACCACUCAUAGAACAGCACAGUGCGUCGUUGGAUGCUUUUUUUACCCUUCUGCGUCACUUUAUACACAGAAUGUCUCCAGUACACAUAGAAUCAAGAUGUUGAUCUGUCUCUCUGUGACACAGCUAACUUCAGAAGGAAGUUGACUACAAAUUGAAAGUUGUCUAUGUUUUUGCAAUUGUUACAAACAAGCAAAGGAUAAAAAUGCUUCAAAUGAACAGAGAUGAGUGCAUUAAAAGAAGAUACAGUAUAGGCUACAUAGGCCUAUAGCCUAUAUUUCAAUCAUAGGCUAGUUCAAUCAAUGAGUUCUAUUUUGCAAGGCUUCUGUCUGUAAUUUUUGUCUCAAUAUAUUUCAUGCUGUGUAACGUGUGCAAUGAUAUGCCAAAUCUGUGAUUUAGUGCGUUUUUAUAGGGUUGGCAUUAGAAUAAACCGCCUCAAUAUUUGCAGCCAAGUAGGUUUUAAAAUCUCUCUAGGAGUUGAUCUGUUGUCAGUAUUGUGUAAUAAUUCUAAUGCUAAAGUAAAAUUUGAAUGGAGAAAGCUGAUCCGAGAGCUGCGCCGACUUUCUUUCGAUCCUAUCAGUAUCGACACAUGCUCCGACGACGCACUUAUGAACAUUCUCUAUGUGGUGUUUAUAGGAACGAUGCCUCGUUAAAAUACUUGUAAGCUUAAGUUCAAUCGGGAAACCGGGCCCUGGGCUCUCCAACCAUGUUCCUGGAGAGCUACAGUCUUGUAGGUUUUCGCUCCAACCCCAGUUGUAACUAGCCUGAUUCAGCUUAUCAACCAGCUAAUUAUUAGAAACAGGUGCGCUAGAUUAGGGUUGGAGUUAAAACCUAUGGGACGGUAUCUCUCCAGGAACAGAGUUGGAGAGCCCUGUCCCUAUCUCCUGUACCUAGUGAAGAGUUCGAAGUGACCAACAACAGGCUACAGUUCUUCUCAUAGGGGUGAAUUUUCACCAUGCAUUGAUUUCAAUAAGAGACUAAAUGAAAAUGUGACUUAAUAAGUGGAAGUUUGGAUUUGCCCCAUAUGCUCAGUUUAACAGUUGACAGUGGACAAUUUAAAACACUGGCUUCCAGUACUUUCUUUCUGCCCACCGAUACCUUUGCAUCUCUUAAUGUCGUGUGUGUGUGUUGGGGCGCCAAGACUGUCAGAGAGCUUGAUGAUUUGUGUGUGUCUGAUGAUCCCCCUUUUUAAUUUCAAUGUGAUCUCAAUUCCUUUAUCUUUUCAACCAAAACCUUUUGAAUUGCUCCACAUACCACAUCAGGGUCCCAGUGUUUCAGAUAUACAGAACAGUGCAUGCCGCUUAUAGUGAAUGCGAUCAUAGAAACGUUAUAGCGAUCAAAUUGUGUGAAUGUGAUCACUACAUGCGGAGUGCACUGUAGUGGAGUAGGGUGAAAUUGCUCCUAGACACUGAUCUUGGGUCAGUUUUGCAUUGUGGGAAGGGGAGCUGAUCCUAGAUCUGUACCUAGGGGAAAACGUGGGGGUGUUUACACUGUGGUUCUCUCACUAUAUCUGACUGUUGCUCACUCUGUCGCCCCUGCCCGCCAUCCACCCUGCCACCCCUGUCUGGUCUGUGUGGCUUGGCUGACCUUCGCCCCGUGCCCUCUGACCUCUGCGUCCCGCCUCUGCCCACGCCCUCGCCUGUCCGUCCAGUCUCUGGCUGCUUUCUAUCAGGGCCACACUGCCCGGAUAGAGGGCCUCCGUCUGGAGCUGCUGCUGGAGGAGCAGAGGGGGCGACAGGUAGUCCACUCACCAGCACUGCUGCCCCCCGCAGGACGCUCUAGAGUAGUGCACCUCUGGAGAAUAAUAACCAAUCAGAAUAACUCGGUGUGUUGUUGUUACUAAGCAGAUCUGAAACCCAAUGCUAAAGAAGGAAGCUACCUUACUAACUGAUGAAGAAGGUUAGACCCUUGUUACGCUACAGGGCCAACCGGAACUGUACUGGGUUGGCUUGAUAUAUUUCACAUUGUCCUUUCAAAGCACGGUUCCAGCAACUGUGGUGGAUGCUUAACCAGGCCUAGAGCAGUACAGUUCUGUUAGGGUCUGCUCAGCAGAGCUUGGUAUUGUGAUGGGUAUAUUAGACUCACCCCGUGCCUGUGGUAGGCUGUGCUGCUUCCGAGCAGUGUGGCCCUCUACCCCACAACAUCCUGGGGGCUCAACCUGGGGAAUCAAUAUAUGGUUAAGCUGUAUGUGGGUUGCUAUGGUUUGACGUCGGACACAGCCACAUGGGACUGUUGGGCCACCUAACUCAAGGCACCAGGUCAGGGUAGGGGUUGAGUCCGAUCUGGAUGUAUACCUGGGUCGUGUUCAUUAGGCCAACGCAAUGGAAAACCAAAAUGUGUUUUUCUUAUUGCGCAGGUAGUCCCACCCUCCCUUUUUAGUCUGUUUCUUUCUGUUUGGUGCCUAAUGAACACGACCCUGUUGUUGACCUCGGUGGCACUGCUGCUGUUCUAUCUGACCCUUGACCUUGGGGUCCCUGUCUGUCUCUUUUCAGUCCGAGGGGGGCUCGGUGGACCAGAUGCUGCUGGACUGUCUCUCGGCCCUCCUGGCCUGUUUGCAGCGUAUAGACGUCUACCUGCAGGUGUCCCUACUGCCUCCCCCUCCUCUUCCUCCUCCUCUUCCUCCACGCCCUUCCCCCUGCGCUCCCCCACCCCAACCCCAACCCCCUUACCAGUCCUCCACUUCCUUUGAAGGGCUGGUCAAAGCAAGCCAUGCUGCCCUUCCGCUUGAGCGUCUUUAGCCUUAGCUUCGUUAGCCCUGCAGCGAGUUAAUAAAAGCUAGCCGCUUCCCUCCUUUAUCUAUCUUCUGGGUGGUGCUGGAGUAUAUCUCUCUCAUUGCCUCCUAAACCCUCUAGACUAGGGCCCAAUAAAAACACUAGCAUACUAUUUAGAAUGCAUUGCCAAGACCAAAGUCAAUUGGGUCACACUAGGUAGUAUGCAAGUGUAUACUGGGACACCGCUCCGGUCAAUGUUGUUAGCCACCCUGUGCAUGAACCUGGUUGUUCAGCUAUUUCAUUUAUUAAAUUGAAUCGAUGACAAUUUUAUAUUUUUCAGCUCCUUGAGCUUUCAGUUGUCAGGCUUCGUAGUUUUGGUUACGGUGAGAGGAGAACAUUUACCCUCUUUGGUAUCCAAACAAACUGGAAGACACGCUUUUGUUGCAUUGGUAAACAUCUGUAGAAAGCACAAAAACACUUCCCAAAAGACUCCUAAGGCACUCUGUCUUAUUGGAAAGAAAUGAAAUGCCUUUGUUUAAUUACAUGGCAGGAGGACAAGAUUAAAAACGGCGCACUCGAACGACGCGUUGCGGCUGUACAGUCCUUCUACUGGGUGAGUGGCCACUAGCGUUAGUGAUGUAUUUAUUUAAUAGUGAACUGGGGUGUAGGGCCUACUAUUUUGGGAGACCAAAUCCAUACAGACAUAGGCUAAUUGAAGACUUGGUACAGGAAAGAAAUAUAGAACAAGGUAAUGAACAAGGUAAUGUCAUUUAUCAAUAGAUUGAGGCAAUAUGAAACUGGUCCUCAAGUUAUUGUUAUUGUGAGAUUAUUUCAAGAAAUCUUCACAGUUGCUCAGUCAGUCGUGCGUCUCACCAUUUUAACCAAGUACUAAACAAAUCUAGCUUUCCUGAAGGUACCUCACUCUCCAGCCCCAUGUGUUGAUGGCACGCCAACUUAACAUAUGGGGGUGAAGCCUUUGGUUGCAUGGUGUUUGACAACGCAUGGUUCAUCACAAUCUUAACCUAUGAGCCUAGUUAACCUGGGGGCUGUGGUGUGUGUGCGGUGUGCUCUCUAAGGCCGGAUUACAUUACCCAGCAGUCACUGUGUCCAAAUGGGCCAUAGUAGUGGUCAGGACCAAAAGUUUUCAAGCUCGUUUGGCCUUAAUAUGUGAUCUGGAUAUUUGUUGGAUAUCUAUCCCUCGUAUCAGAUAUGGACAUUCGAUUAUUUCUCUGGUCAAUUAAGAUAUCAUUUAAAUUGCAUUUUCAUCUAAUCUAAGACUGAUUAAUGGUAUUGAUAGUAAUUCCUUCAGGAAAAUCAAGUCCUCACAACUUUAUUUCCUGCUCAGACUGUAUAUUAAGACUUUCUUAACCCUUUAGAGAGGAUGGGUUUGAAUAACACCUACCUAUGAUCCUUGUGAAUUUCCCAUUCAACUCUUUUUACCGAACUCCAUAUCAGUCUGUGUGCUUUUGAGAACCAUAGUUUGGCUCAGAUGUCUCCCAGAACCAUGAACGCUCUCUGUGAUUGGUUGGUACCACUUGGCUUUAACCAGUAGUGUUUCCAUUUGGUGCUCAAACCGGAGCAGAACGAAGUUGCCCCUAGACACUGAUCUUAGGUCAGUUUUGCAUUUCCCCCGCAAGGUUAAGGUUAGGAUUGGGGGAGAUUAAGCUGAUCCUAGAUCUGUACCUAAGGAAAACUUCACCCCGGAGCAAUGAAACACUGCAAGCUUCCAGUUCCAGUGGUGUCCGUGUUGCCGUAGUAACCCAGGGCUUGUUUAACCCUCCCUCAGUGGUUCAUGUGCAGCGCCCGCCAGACUCCGAGAGCUGUCCAACCCCCAUGAACGCACUGUGGCGGCGGCCAUGUUUUGUGCAAGUGCGUCCGCCCCAAAUAUCCAACCAAACCUACAUUUCAGUAGUAGUAGUAGUAGUGUCCCAGCAUUAAUUGGAGAAAACACAGAGAUUAGAUUAAAUGGAGGGAAGCAAUAGCCUAAACACAGACUUUCCCUCUGGUAACUGAGCCCGGCUGGGAUCAUAAUGGCGCUUACAGGGCACAAAAUGGCUGACGCCUCACUGUGAUGUGAGUGUUGUGUUGAGUCCCGGCGACCCCGCCCAAACUUCCCCUCACCGGUCCUCCUCUAUCCCACGCUGCCUUGCAGGAGCUCCGAGAGAUCCACAGCAAGCAGCAGAGACAGAAGCAGAAGGAUCACCUGGAGGGAGAAAUCAACAUCCACGCCAUCGCUCAGGAGAGGGCCAAGUCCGCCGAGCUCACAGACGGAAGGUGUGUGUGUGUGUGUGUGUGUGUGUGUGUGUGUGUGUGGGUUUCUGUCUUUGAGAGAUAUUGUGUGAAUGUGUGUGUUUGCGCACAGGAUACCAUAUGUGUGAGCGAGCUGCUCCUAUGUCCUCUCAUUCUGUAUGGGUCACACGGAUGCAGCCCCAUCACUGUGAUCCAGUCAGUUUACAGAGGUUACCUCUAACACCCCCUUUCCUCUCCCCAGGUUGUCUGCCACUGACGAGGGCCUGGCGUGGCGAGAUGAGGGUAUGGUGGAGGCCCCCACCCCGCCCCCCCAGCCCUGGAUGAAGCGCGUGAGCGAGGAGGAGGGGUGCGCUAAGAAGGACAUGCAGGACAAACUCAACCAGCUUUUCAUGCAGCAGCCUGAACCAGGGAAACUCAUGAACCAGAGCCCUUGGCCCACGGGCGGUACGUGUCAAAAAAGAACAUGUAUUACAAAGAAGCAUGCAUAUACAGUAGAACCUCAGAGUUUUAAAACCUCAGAUUUCUGGACUGACCAGGGGCAACAUCGAACUGGGACAGUUAAACCAUAGAACAAAAAUGUGUACUGUAGGUAUCUGUCUAAAUGAUUAGAACAUGCAUGUAGAUUCAUUUCACACAAUUAAUAUUUUCUAUGAAGUUUUUAAGUAGAUUUCAAUGUCACAAGUAUUUCAGUGUUCCGAAUUACCUCCAUUCCAAACGUUUUCAUAUCGCAGAGGUCCUACUGUAGAAGUUCUAAGAACGUUUGGACUUGCCUGGUUCCAUGUGUGAGAGAGAAAGAUGUGACCCUGUCCUGUGUUCCUCUCCCCCUUCCUCUCCCCCCUGCAGACAAGAUCCCGGUGACUGGGUUCAACCAGGACAAGGUCAAGGUGGUCUUCUACCGGGCGCUGUACCCCUUUGAUGCCCGCAGUCACGACGAGAUCACCAUCACCCCCGGAGACAUUGUCAUGGUGAGAGGCUAGCUGUCAAUCACUUCUGCCACGCACCAUUUGUGUGUGUAUGGUAUGGAUGUUUAUGUAAAGUGAUUCAUCUAUAUGAACCAAGGAGUGUGAGUGUGGUUGAGUGUGGUUGAGUGUGGUUGAGUGUGGUUGAGUGUGGUUGAGUGUGGUUGAGUGUGGUUGAGUGUGGUUGAGUGUGGUUGAGUGUGGUUGAGUGUGUGUGUGUGUGUCUGCGUGCAUGUGUGCGUGUGAGUAUUAACCUUUGCCUCCUGACUCUCUCCCAACUUUGCUCACUCUACCUGAAGGUGAAAGGGGAGUGGGUAAGUGCAGGCCCACUGUCCAAUCAGCUGCUCACCUGUGAUCCCAACACCUGCUCUCAUUGGUCCGUCUCAUGUGUCCAUCUCAUCUGCUGUCAUCUCUUCAUAAGCACUUAAAGAGUUUAACCGUUGGUUGCAUGUUUGUGGUUGUAUAUCCAUUAUGUGGUCAGUGUACUCAGAGGAUACACACUUGUUCUCAAAGGGCAUAUGAUUAUAAGUCUAUACAAGCGUGCCUCUAUGUUUAUACUGGAUAAAGCAUCUUGUAAGCUGCAGAGAGUGAAACGACUAUACAGACACAUUUGAUCCUAUUGCACCAAGUCCUCCUUCAACGCAGCCGUCCCAAAGCCAUCCACUGCCAUGCUUAUUCUCUCAGCUUCUCUUCAUGACCACCCGCAUGCUUGGAAAGGGAGCGGUGAUAUACAACUUGUCUUGUGAAUCGCGAACAUCCAUUCCAAAAGUGGUCCAACCACUCUGUCGUAUGUUUUAAAUAAGGAGUAACCACGCAUGGCUGGGCAACCCCAGUCCACAGGAUUUACUGUAACCGCUCGUAAUUUAUUUUGUUUCCCCACGAUUUAUCAAUCUAAUCCUGUAUUGGCUCGACAGUAUCUUGGUCCAGACUACUCGCCUUGUCUGUCAGUCAGAGUUGGGGUCCAUUCAAUUUCUACUCAGUCAAUUCAGGAAUUUCCUCAUUGCUUUUCAACAAAGCUUUUCAGAACAGCCUGUAGCUGGUUAAAGGAAAAGGUCCAAUGGAAAGUGUGAUCCCUGAGGACUGGGGUUGUGAGUUGUUCUUGGCAUAGAAAUAUAAUUACUAGAAGGUACACUCAAUAUGGCCCACCUGGUCCACUCCUCACAGCAUGACUUGAAGGAGAAUGUCCGUUCUAUUCAUUUUAGUAAUUUCUACAGUCUUCGGUGGCUCUGUAGUGCUAUGAUGGUGAGCUGACCUUUGACCUUCAACCCCCAGGUGGACGAGUCCCAGACAGGCGAGCCAGGCUGGCUGGGUGGCGAGCUGAAAGGGAAGACGGGCUGGUUCCCCGCCAACUACGCCGAGAAGAUCCCAGAAUCCGAGGUUCCCAUGAGCCUGCGGGUCAGUGCCGCCACCACGGGCGUCGCGCCCAAACUGGCCUCACGACUCACACCCACUGCCGCCUCCACCACACCCACGCCACCCAGCCAGCCAAUGGCAACCCCUCCCCCGGCGACCGCUCCCCCUGCCCCCGGUCCCUGCCCUGGCCCUGGUCCCGCCUCGUCCUCCUCCUCGGCAUCUAGUAACUGGGCAGAUUUCAGCACCACGUGAGUGACAGCUCCAACCCUUCCUGUCACACAGCACUCAAUACAAUAUAAUGCAAUUUAAUACAAUGCAAUGCAAGAGUUUUUCAUUCAUAGUCUUACAUACACCAAGUUAUUCAUUGAAGAGAAAUCAGAGUUUGAGUUUGUAAACUGUGUGUGCCUCUCUCUGCUUAGAUGGCCGUCCACCAGCUCUGUGGAGAAGACUGAGACUGGGGAGGGCUGGGACGCUUGGCCCACCCAGCCGUCUCUCUCUGUGCCCAGCGCCGGGCCCGGGGGCCAGCUGCGCCAGCGCUCUGCCUUCACCCCCGCCACCCUCAGUGGCUCCUCUCCAUCCCCCGUCCUGGGACAGGUACAGUUUUUAUUUUUUUUUUUUACCCUUUAUUUAAACAGGGAGUCGCGUUGAGACCCAGGUCUCUUUUACAAAUGAGCCCUGCAACAUACAAAAAUGCACAUUAAAUACAACGUACACAUCAGUCAAAUAAUAGUAAUAAUAAUUAGGGCUGUCAAAUGAUUAAAAUUUUUAAUCAAAUUAAUCAGAAUUUUCAGUGGAUUAAUCAUGAUUAAUCACUAUUUGCAAUUACACCUGAAUCCUAACCAUUUUUUUUCUGAAAUGCAUACCAAAAGAUAAAUAACAGGACACAGAUACAUAAUUUUCAUAUUAUGUCUGUUUAUUAACACAGCCAAAUAAUGGUGUUUUAAAUCAAGCUGAAACAUACUACACACCAUAAUAUUUGUCUUUGUAAUGUUCCAUCACUUCCUCUUUGGCAUUCCUCUUAACCAGGAUGUACAAUUUACAGUAUUCAAUUGAACAGAAAGCAAUAAAUGUAGUCAAAUCAUAACAGUGACCUACCACAUUUUUGCACAAUUUGAGUCAUCUGUGGAAAAAAACAUUUUCAAUAAAACUUUUAAAUCAAACCAAAGAACAAUCUUUUACCUUUUCCUCCAUUCUUUAAUCCAGUUGCUCAAAAAUCCAGUUGCUAACUACUAUAACAUGUUGCACUGAAACUGGUCUUUUUGUUUGAACAUCACCUUUCAAAUCUACUGAGCUUCAUCAUCUUUCAGCCAGUUGCUGAGGCAAACUAACUUGUUCACAUUUUCUGAAAGUAAAGCUGACCUUUUCUUGUUCACAAUGUGACCUGCAACUGAGAAAAGUCGUUCACAGGGAACAGUGGUUGCAGGAGUGGCUAGAUAUUUGUGAGCUAGUGAGGCCAGCUUCUCAUGGGCUCCUGAAUGAGAUGCCCACCACCUCAAGGGGCAGUCCUCCAAUUUAAUGGUGGGCUCUGCUCUGUACCUCUGUAUGGCAGGUUGGACCUCUUCAUCUUCUGAUUCUGAAUCUGAGCCCAUUUGCAGAAGGCUGAUUUUCUUCCUGGGUGGCCCAUCAUCAUGUGUCUGUGAAGACCUUCUGGGUGAUUCUUGUUGCAGCAUCCCUUCAAGUGUGGUCCACACCUCUUCCCUGUCUGUCUUGGGCAGGCAUUUCAAGUCUUUGAAACGAGGAUCCAAAACUGUAGCAAUCUGGAGCCAUGCAUUGUUGAGCUGUUCUUGACGGGAUGCUAGGUCCUCCUUGAACUUGGUCUUGAAUCUCACCACAUAUGCAGGGUCCUCAUCACAGGCUUCCAUCUUGAGACGCAAGUGGCAGAGAGAAGGUAGUACCACAGAACAGGAGACAUAGGCCUCUCCACCCAGGAGCUCAGUUACAUACCUACGCACACAAACACACACAUGCACACAGAGACAGUGUAUUAUUAGAACAGUGGUUAUCAACAUAUUAUUAUUAUUAUUAUUAUUAUUAUUAUUAUUAUCAUCAUCAUCAUUAUUUUUUACAUAGAUACAUGUUAUUGAUAUUUGACUUGGUUUAAUUCAUUCCAGAAAAUAAUCAAAGCGAUGUUAUUUGAUAAGUUACAGACUGAUUUACCUGCAUGGCUCUAGAAGUGUCUCCAGCCUCUGCAGUUUAUCCCACUCUGCUGCGGUCGGCAAAACGAGUUUGUGCUCCUGAUUGUCCAGGGCUGCGAUGACAGAAUCUGACGGCCCAGCAAACGCAUGUUUGGCGUUGACAUGGUACUUCAAGCUUGAACAGCUCCGGUGAAAUUGAAACUCCUUCUUACAAAUCUUGCAAAUAACCUUGUACUUGUUAACUGUACCAUCAUCAUUCUUUUUAUAUUUGAAUCCGUCAAUAGGCCCACUUUGCUCACCUUGCUCCAUCUCGCCUCUAGCUCCCAACCACUUUCCUGACCUGAAUAAUUUGUCACACUGCGCAUGCGUGAAAUGCGUUAAAAAAAAUUGACGUAAUUAACAGCAAACAACUAAUUAACGUCGUUAACGCGCUAUUUUUGACAGCCCUAAUAAUAAUACAUUUGAUUGUAACACUCAGUUUAGACCACACUGAGGAGCACAGGAACAUAUCAUCUAGGCCUAGCAGGAUAAUUAUAUUGACUCUACCUAAAGCAGUGUGGUUGUACUGUCAGAUGAAUGAAGAGCAGGGUUUAAACUGCACAUAGAGAUUCUGUAAUACAUCUCUUCCUUCUCUUCCUCUGUCCUUCUCUCUUUCUCCCACUCUCCCACUCCCCAUUUCUUUCUGGCUGUCUCUGUUUUGCUCCCUCAGGGGGAGAAGGUGGAGGGUUUGCAGGCCCAGGCUCUGUACCCGUGGCGGGCCAAGAAGGACAACCACCUCAACUUCAACAAGAGCGACGUGAUCACAGUGCUGGAGCAGCAGGACAUGUGGUGGUUCGGAGAGGUGCAGGGCCAGCGGGGCUGGUUCCCAAAGUCCUACGUCAAGCUCAUCUCUGGCCCCGUACGCAAGUCCAUGAGGUGAAUAAGGAUGAAACUGUCCCUGCCCAUAAUCACAUUUAUGAAUAAUAUUUUUUUAUAGAACUAUAAUUGGAGUAUUAUUAUUAAUCCAAACAAUUAUUUAUAGUCAUGUAUUUUUAUUCAACUCUUAUCAACCAGGAAAGACACUUGAGGUUAAAAACCUAUUUUGCGAGGGUGACCUGGUCAGCAGGAUAUAUACAGCAGGGCUGCCCAACCACCUUCCUGGAGAUCCACCGUCCUGUAGGUUUUCAGUCCAACCCUAAACUAGCAUACCUGAUUCAGCUAGUUAAGGUCUUGUUGAGCAACUAAGUAGAAUCAGGUGUGUUAAAUUAGGGUUGGAAUACAAGACGGUAGAUCUCCAGGAAGAGGGUUGGACGGCCCUGGACUAUAGACUUCAGUCAACUUUAGAGUAAAUCCCAACUACUAUUGCUUGAUAUUGUCUAGGAGGGAGCAACAUGGCUGCCAUAGAAUGAUGUGACAUCAUUAUGCUUUUUUUAUUGCACCACAAUGGCCAAGUUCUCUGUUGUGUAUGGCUUUAGUCCCUCCCCAUCUAGUGUGUAUUUUUAUAUUAGCCACCGGCUUGGCUGUCUGAGUGAAUGUGUGCCCUCUCUGGUGCAGCAUUGAGUCUGGCUCGUCCGACAGCCCCCCCACCAUGAAGAGACCCACCCCGUCCCCUACCAAGGCCAUGGACCCAGGAGAAGGUGGGUGAUGGACCUAGACACACACACGCACAGCCCAGUAUACAGUUGGAAUCCCUUGCGGUGAAACUGCCACGUCAGUUUGCAAUAUUACAACAACAAAUCAAUUAUUUCAAACAAUGAACACUGUUGUUUUUCUCGGACAUCAUUGCAUUUCAUUGCACGUGCGAUAGAACAGCUGAGAAUGUACUACGAUUGUUUUUUACCAUGACGCUGGAUGCUCAUGUCCUUUUGAUACACUGAACUAAACAAAAACAAGAACAAAUGCGCCUUGGCCAACCAGUGGCACCGUUUCACCUUUCAUGAAUCUUAGCUUUAAAAUACUCUUGCUCUCAGACUAUGAUCCACACCAUACAUACAAUAUAAAACAGAACAUUUACACCAUAGCUUAUCAUGGAACAUAGCAUGUUCCUGUUACUCUACUCAGACCCUGUAGCUCAGAGAUGUUGUGUUUCCCAGAAUACAUAGCCAUGUACACCUACGAGAGCAACGAGCAGGGUGACCUGACCUUCCAGCAGGGCGACGUCAUCGUGGUCACCAAGAAGGAGGGCGACUGGUGGACGGGCGUGGUCUCGGGCAAGACGGGGGUGUUCCCUUCCAACUACGUCAAACCCAAGGACUCGGAGGUAACUUCUAGAAAACAAUUCUCGCUCACACACAUUGUCAUAUCUUUGUGUGGCGAUUCGUAAACUCUGCGAUGCAGUCCUGUUUGUCUGAUCGGCGCUUCCAGUAAAACCAAAGUGCUCUCCUUUAAAAAUAAUUACAAAUAUUUGAGUCAGACAAUAAUACAUACACAUAUAAAAUAUACUUUAUACGCGUUCGCAAAGCUCUCUCCUAACAUUAGCGAACAUUCACAGUAAACAUAAAACAAAUGAAAUAUGUUAGUUGGCCAACGUUAGCUAACGUUUCACGAACUUUAUUCCUUGUUUAACACACCUCUUAGCUCCCAGUAAAACCAGAGCUCUCUGUCUUCCCUCAAGGGACUGGGACCCGCAGGGAAGACUGGAAGCCUGGGGAAGAAGCCCGAGAUAGCCCAGGUCAUCGCCCCGUACACGGCCACGGGUGCCGAGCAGCUCACCCUGGCGCCCGGCCAGCUCAUCCUCAUCAGGAAGAAGAACCCGGGGGGCUGGUGGGAAGGGGAGCUGCAGGUUGGAGGACUGUCUCUCGCAACACUACUCACCACAAACACACCCCACCCAACACUUAAUAUAAAUUUUAUAGCAGAUGUUUAAAUGCUUAGUUGUAUUCAUAUGUAGACAUAGAUGUGCCAAUAAUUGUCUUAAUAUAUAAUAUGAUAAUGAUAUACAAGAUAUGGUAAUUUUUGCAUAGACGGUGAUGUAGAAAUUACAAUAUAUUAUUCAUUGUCAUCCACACAUUUGCUUUAAACACUAGUAAAAGGGGUUAUGCUUCUUACUGUUAAAAUGAUCUUGCUGUGCCCCUGUGGCCCCCUCCAUACUCACAAGUCCUCUCAUCGAUCCAGGCCCGGGGAAAGAAGCGGCAGAUUGGCUGGUUCCCAGCCAACUACGUGAAACUCCUGAGCCCCAGCACCAGUAAGACCACGCCCACAGAGCCCAUGCCCCCCAAGUUGCCAAUGCCCAGUGCAGGUAGGGGCCAGGAGCAGGGAACUGACGGGGGCCCGCCGGGGCCUUGGGGCCCCUCCGUGACUCAACAUAUGACGGGUACUAACACUGUGUUUGUGUAGACAUUCUCUGUGUACUUUCAUGUUAUAAUAGCAUCCUUGAUGAUAACAUUAUUUCCUGUCAUAAUAACAUUCUUUCAUGUUGUAAUAACAUUCUUUAUAAUAACAUUAUGUCAUGUUAUUAGUAACAGAGGUCUGUGUUGUGGAGUAGGCCUAAUAGUAAUAGUACUAUUUGAAGGUCCUGUCCAGGAGUAACUCCUAGCCCCUACACCCCUAGUCACCUGUGUAGAUCUGAGGGGAUUGGAUAGGUAUCAUUAAUUUGGUAGUAGCUCUACCUUGCCCUCUGAUAAGCUAUAGAAUGUCCUCCAUAGUAGCCUAUAUAAUACCCAUCCAAUCCUCUCAGAUCCUAAACAAGAGUUUUGGGGUUUGUUCGACAUUGACUGCAUUGCUGUCGGUGACUGCCGACUGAUUGAUCUACAAAUCACCUUGUUUGCAUCAUUAAUAUUAAAUCAUUAUUAGAACAAUCAGUCAGUAAUAAUUUGCCCACAGUGCAUCACGGAUUUGUUCGAACACCGCCUUUAGUCCCUUUUUUGUGGGCGUAUUGUAUGGCCGUCUGACUAACCCUUCACUUGUAUCUGUAUGUGUGUGUCUCCAGCAGUGUGUCAGGUGAUUGGCAUGUACGACUACAUGGCGCAGAAUGAUGACGAGCUGCCCUUUGGGAAGGGCCAGAUCAUCAACGUGCUGAGCAGGGAGGACCCUGAUUGGUGGAAAGGCGAGCUGAACGGUUCCGUGGGCCUCUUCCCCUCCAACUACGUCAAACUGACCACCGACACAGACCCCAGCCAACAAUGUGAGUGCACACACUACUACUAAAGUCUCCCUCUUACAGUCACACCCAGCAGUUUGAGUACAUACUGUACCCUUCUCACACACACACACUCACACACCGAUGUGGACUCCUGCUUUGUAUAGACGUGAUCUUCUUGUAUCAUUUAAACUAAAAACCCUGGAAACCUCUGGAAUCUAAUCAAAUGGGACAGUGUUUGACAAGGGUAUAAUCUGUAGGCAACCGAUCAUACUGAUACCAAUGGGCCCCCUCUUUGAAGACCUUUCAGAUCAUGUAUCAUCCUCAGUUGAAUAGAGGUGUGAGUGUGUCUGUGUGUACAGUCCCUCCUCCCUCCACACUAACAUCUCCCUCAUUGUCCUGUAGACGCCCCCACCCUCCCCUCCGCAUCCCUCAUGCAUACCAUGGUUAGACUCCACCUCAUCUGUUAUGCUGCACACUGUGUGUCGUCUCGUGAACUCGUCCUCCACCGACGUCCAUUUAGUUCUCCACGCUCGUGUGUUUGCAUAUUUUUCUUUCUUUUGUUGUUGUUGUCUUGUUGGUUUGUUUCCUUUUUUGGUUUGCGUUUUUUGCUUAUGUGCUGUGUUCUCCUCCUCUUUCUAGGACUCAUAUGUUGCCCAUUCCCACUCAGCCUUGAAAGUCCUCAAAGAGACCCACUAUCCCCUAAACACUGCCCCCGCGGGAUGAUGGGAGAUGCAGCCACCCCGAUCAUGUGACUGCCACAUGAUUACCACCUGGCCUUGUGGGCUAGAAGAGUCAAGCUGCAGAGAGCUGGCCGUUACCUCCUUAUAUUCGAACUGUUAGACGCACUCGCCAAAAUUGCUAAGCAGCUUCCUUGUCCUACACCGUUUAUUCUUUAAGCAAUUUACUUAAACAAAUUAAACAUUUAUUAUUGAUCAAUAUUUUUAAUGUUUUUUUUUUAGGAAAUUGAAAAAAAUAACUACUUGAAAUGAUCAUAUGAAUGGGAGACUGGAUAGUGGGUCCUUUUGUGGCUUUCUGUGAACUCGUAUCUUUUUUGUAGAUUUAGUCAUUCUGCUUUUUUUUAUCACGGCACCACGGAUUUGGUCGAACUGUUUUUUUUACUAAUUAGUCAAAUGGCUGCCAUUUGAUGUUAAGCUUCUCCCUCCCCUCCCUUACUAACCCCUCCCCCAUCCGUCCCACAGCUCCACAGAAAGACCCACUAUUCAUGACACACAGCAUCAGACUGGCCCCCAAGGAAAACUGGGGCCUGUCCCAAAAGACAACCCCAAGCCACUUCCCCCUUGCCCAUAACCCUUCAGUUUGCAGAUCUGAAGGAAACGGGAUAGGUGUAACCAUAUUGCUUACACCUUACAGAUCUGCACAAACCGGAGGGUUAAGGGAAUGGGUGGCGGGUUGGUCGUCCGACUGGGCCUGGGAUUGGUUAAUCAUGAGCAACCUGUCCAAUGGACAAGUCUAGGGGUUCAAAGGUCACCGAAACACACAAGGGUCACGUUAUAGGAUGGAGGGAGAGAGAGAUAAUUACAUUUACUGUAACUUACAUCGACCACCCCUGCCCCAAAGCCAGCUCAUGCAGUGGACGGAGCAGCUGUCUGUCAACUCUAUGGGCGGGAUAGAACCUCUCCAUUUAUCCAAUCACGUUCUAGCUGUGUUUUUAAAAAUGUUUAUACCAAACAUUCUUUGGAUGAAUCUUGUUGUUUGGAGGUGCUGGGGUGUUUACUUUGUGCUGUAGCAUUUUGUGAAACGGGAGAUGAUUGAUGCAAACCAAAUAUUGCACAUCCGCCACAAGUGGAGAGGGGAAGGUACACAGACAUACACACACACAGUAUGCACAGACUUGGAAGUGUGUGAAUGAAUGGCACACACAAAGUAAGGAUGUUAUAUCCUCAACAAGUAAAUUCUUGUCUCCUCAGAACUAUGUAUUAUUGGCAGAGUAGAUGGGGUGUUUUGUAUUCAUGCGUUUCCUGAGUUUGUUUACAUGUUUUCUCCUAGAUGUAUGUCAAUUGAAGUCUAAUUGCUACUUGAGUUUGACAACUAUCCCCGGUCACUAUACCAUGACAGUCUAUUUUUUAUAAAUGAAUGCAAUUAUAAUGCAUAGUGUUUUAAAUAUAUAUGGUUAUGUAGUAUUGUAAUUUUUUCCCUUCCCUCCUGAAGUUGUUUUUACCAGUUUAUGCAGUUGUCAUUUGUAAAAAUCUGAAGCAACAACAUAUCCAUUUAGUUUGACCUUUUACUCAGUUAUUUUGUCAAGAAAAUCCCAUUUGAAAAGAACUAAUGUGAUUCAGCUGAAUACGAACAUACUAAAUAUGAAAAUAAUACCCUCUUGAUAAUACCUUUUUAACAAUGUUUACAUAUGAAAACUAAGAAAAACUAAGACUGGUAUUUUUUGUAGUCAAUGUAACAGGGUGGAAUACCAAGUUCUAGGGCUAUAUAGCUAUGGCCUUAAACUAUUAUUCUUCUCAAACAAAAGAAAAAGCAUGGCAUCAUCCAUUCAAAGCAAUAUACACACACACAGUAGUAUUGUACUGGUACCAUAUCAAUCUUGUUUGCAUUUGUCACACAACAGUAUUGUAAUUUUAUUGUUAUUCUAAAACACAAAGAUGGAAUUCCUGAAUGCAGCCUUUUUUUAUAUAACCGUUUGGUUCCUAUUGGUUCCACUAUGUGACAGUAUUGGUGUUUGCUGCUUUAUGGUUGGUUUGUUGGAUUUUCCAAUGUGUCUUUUGAGACCCAUCAGUUUCAAGGAGGUUUGUACUCCUUGACUGACUUGGGUUUGAGAAGCACAAAAAAAUUCAAGCUACUCAUACAGUAUUUACAAUACUCUAUGACUAUAAACUGAAUUGCUUCUGUUUUGUUAUGAAUCAACAACAAAUCCAAAAUGUAAUCGUUGCACUUGGUUGCUGAAGCAUUUUAUCAGAAAUGAAUGUACAAAUUGAAAAAUGUAUACAAAUGAGUCAGCUUUAAUAAAAAGUGUCAUGCCGUCUUUAAUAUAGAAAAUGACAUGUAUAAUGAUUAAAAAGCUCAAUGGCAACGGUGGACUUGUGUGUUUUUAUUUACUGAUAAAAACCAAAAGGUUUGUUUACUUGAGCAAGAGACCAGCCGCUAUUUUCUUUCAAAGCAUGUUUUCUUUAAGACAUUUUUUUUGGUCCGUUCCUUUUGUAGACCGCUGGAAAAAUAAUGUAAAUUACAAGGGUCUAAAGAAUUAUACUCUACACUUUUUUUUUUUGUAUGUAUGAUGUUUGGCUGGCUUUUGAGGGGAAGACCCUUUUACCCUACACCAUUGUUUGACCUAAAUGACUUUUUAAAUACAUUUCCAGGGAAGUAUUUUGUAGUGUAUAUUGUUUAUUUCUAUGACUUGUUCAGGUGUCAGUCUACAUGCCUAGAACUCGCAAGACGGAAAGUCCAAAGGGCCAGCUAUUAGCUUUGUGUGGAAGUUUGUUUGAGAGAUGGGACAUUGAGGUUGUGUUCUGAUUGGCUGUUGGUAUUUGAGUGACAGAGGGGAGCUGAUCGACGCUGUUGUCCUGUUCCACAGGGUGCGCUGACCUGCACCUGCUGGACAUGCUGACCCCCGUUGAGAGGAAGAGACAGGGCUACACGCACGAGCUUAUCGUCACCGAGGAGAACUAUGUCAACGACCUGCAGCUCGUCACCGAGGUAACCACACAUACACUACCGGUCAAAAGUUUUACAACACCUACUCAUUCAAGGGUUUUUCUAUAUUUGUACAUUGUAGAAUAAUAGUGAAGACAUCAAAACUAUAAAAUAACACAUGGAAUCAUGUAGUAACCAAAAAAGUGUUAAACAAAUCUAAAUAUAUUUGAGAUUCUUCAAAUUGCCUCCCUUUGCCUUGAUGACAACUUUGCACACUCUUGGCAUUCUCUCAACCAGCUUCAUGAGGUAGUCACCUGGAAUGCAUUUCAAUUAACAGCUGUGCCUUCUUAAAAGGUAAUUUGUGGAAUUUCUGUCCGGCAUUUGAGCCGAUCAGUUGUGUUGUGACAAAGUAGGGGGGGUAUACAGAAGAUAACCCUAUUUGGUAAAAGACCAAGUCCAUAUUAUGGCAAGAACAGCUCAAAUAAGCAUAGAGAAAUGACAGUCCAUCAUUACUUUAAGACAUGAAGGUCAGUCAAUACGGAAAAUGUCAAGAACUUCAAGUGCAGUCGAAAAACCCAUCAAGCGCUAUGAUGAAACUGGCUCUCAUGAGGACCGCCACAGGAAUUGAAGACCCAGAGUUACCUCUACUGCAGAGGAUAAGUUCAUUAGAGUUACCAGCCUCAGAAAUUGCAGCCCAAAUAAAUGCUUCACAGAGUUCGUGUUCAGAGAAGACUGUGUGAAUCAGGCCUUCAUGGUCGAAUUGCUGCAAAGAAACCACUACUAAAGGACACCAAUAAGACGAAGAGACCUGCUUGGGCCAAGAAACACGAGCAAUGGACAUUAGACAGGUGGAAAUAUGUCCUUUGGUCUGGAGUGCAUAUUUUAGAUUAUUGGUUCCAACCGCCGUGUCUUUGUGAGACCCGGUGUUGGUGAACGGAUGAUCUCCGCAUGUGUAGUUCCCACCGUAAAGCUUGGAGGAGGUGGUGUUAUGGUGUGGGGGUGCUUUGCUGGUGACACUGUCUGUGAUUUAUUUAGAAUUCAAGGCACACUUAACCAGCAUGGCUACCGCAGUGAUUCGUCAUCCCAUCUGGUUUGGGUUUAGUGGGACUAUUUGUUUUUCAACAGUACAAUGACCCAACACACCUCCAGGCUGUGUAAGGGCUAUUUUACCAAGAAGGAGGGUGAUGGAGUGCUGCAUCAGAUGACCUGGCCUCCACAAUCCCCCGACCUCAACCAAAUUGAGAUGGUUUGGGAUGAGUCGGACCGCAGAGUGAAGGAAAAGCAGCCAACAAGUGCUCAGUAUUUGUGGGAACACCUUCAAGACUGUUGGAAAAGUAUUCCAGGUGAAGCUGGUUGAGAGAAUGCCAAGAACCUGCAAAGCUGUUAUCAAGGCAAAGGGUAUCUAUUUGAAGAAUCUCAAAUAUAAAAUAUAUUUUGAUUUGUUUAACACUUCUUUGGUAACUACAUGAUUCCAUAUAUGUUAUUUCAUAAUUUUGAUGACUUCACUAUUAUUCUAAAAUGUAGAAAAUAGUAAAAAAUAAAGAAAAACCCUUGAAUGAGUAGGUGGUCUAAAACUUUUGACCGGUAGUAUGUAUUUAUGUGUAUAUAUAUAUAUAUAUAUAUAUAUAUAUAUAUAUAUAUAUAUAUAUAUAUAUACACACACACACACACACAGUGGGGAAUUUUUUUAUUUAGUCAGCCACCAAUUGUGCAAGUUCUCCCACUUAAAAAGAUGAGAGAGGCCUGUAAUUUUCAUCAUAGGUACACAUCAACUAUGACAGACAAAUUGAGGAAAAAAAAUCCAGAAAAUCACAUUGUAGGAUUUUUAAUGAAUUUAUUUGCAAAUUAUGGUGGAAAAUAAGUAUUUGGUCACCUACAAACAAGCAAGAUUUAUAUUUCUCACAGACCUGUAACUUCUUAUUUAAGAGGCUCCUCUGUCCUCCACUCGUUACCUGUAUUAAUGGCACCUGUUUGAACUUGUUAUCAGUAUAAAAGACACCUGUCCACAACCUCAAACAGUCACACUCCAAACUCCACUAUGGCCAAGACCAAAGAGCUGUCAAAGGACACCAGAAACAAAAUUGUAGACCUGCACCAGGCUGGGAAGACUGAAUCUGCAAUAGGUAAGCAGCUUGGUUUGAAGAAAUCAACUGUGGGAGCAAUUAUUAGGAAAUGGAAGACAUACAAGACCACUGAUAAUCUCCCUCGAUCUGGGGCUCCACGCAAGAUCUCACCCCGUGGGGUCAAAAUGAUCACAAGAACGGUGAGCAAGAAUCCCAGAACCACACGGGGGGACCUAGUGAAUGACCUGCAGAGAGCUGGGACCAAAGUAACAAAGCCUACCAUCAGUAACACACUACGCCGCCAGGGACUCAAAUCCUGCAGUGCCAGACGUGUCCCCCUGCUUAAGCCAGUAAUAUAUAUAUACAGUGGGGAAAAAAAGUAUUUAGUCAGCCACCAAUUGUGCAAGUUCUCCCACUUAAAAAGAUGAGAGAGGCCUGUAAUUUCCAUCAUAGGUACACGUCAACUAUGACAGAAAAAAUGAGGAAAAAAAAUCCAGAAAACCAUAUUGUAGGAAUUUUUAUGAAUUUAUUUGCAAAUUAUGGUGGAAAAUAAGUAUUUGGUCAAUAACAAAAGUUUCUCAAUACUUUGUUAUAUACCCUUUGUUGGCAAUGACACAGGUCAAAUGUUUUCUGUAAGUCUUCACAAGGUUUUCACACACUGUUGCUGGUAUUUUGGCCCAUUCCUCCAUGCAGAUCUCCUCUAGAGCAGUGAUGUUUUGGGGCUGUCGCUGGGCAACACAGACUUUCAACUCCCUCCAAAGAUUUUCUAUGGGGUUGAGAUCUGGAGACUGGCUAGGCCACUCCAGGACCUUGAAAUGCUUAUUACAAAGCCACUUCUUCGUUACCCGGGCGGUGUGUUUGGGAUCAUUGUCAUGCUGAAAGACCCAGCCACGUUUCAUCUUCAAUGCCCUUGCUGAUGGAAGGAGGUUUUCACUCAAAAUCUCACGAUACAUGACCCCAUUCAUUCUUUCCUUUACACGGAUCAGUCGUCCUGGUCCCUUUGCAGAAAAACAGCCCCAAAACAUGAUGUUUCCACCCCCAUGCUUCACAGUAGGUAUGGUGUUCUUUAGAUGCAACUCAACAUUCUUUGUCCUCCAAACACGACGAGUUGAGGUUUUUUUUCUAUUUUGGUUUCAUCUGACCAUAUGACAUUCUCCCAAUCCUCUUCUGGAUCAUCCAAAUGCACUCUAGCAAACUUCAGACGGGCCUGGACAUGUACUGGCUUAAGCAGGGGGACACGUCUGGCACUGCAGGAUUUGAGUCCCUGGCGGCGUAGUGUGUUACUGAUGGUAGGCUUUGUUACUUUGGUCCCAGCUCUCUGCAGGUCAUUCACUAGGCCCCCCCGUGUGGUUCUGGGAGUUUUGCUCACCGUUCUUGUGAUCAUUUUGACCCCACGGGGUGAGAUCUUGCGUGGAGCCCCAGAUCGAGGGAGAUUAUCAGUGGUCUUGUAUGUCUUCCAUUUCCCAAUAAUUGCUCCCACAGUUGAUUUAUUCAAACCAAGCUGCUUACCUAUUGCAGAUUCAGUCUUCCCAGCCUGGUGCAGGUCUACAAUUUUGUUUCUGGUGUCCUUUGACAGCUCUUUGGUCUUGGCCAUAGUGGAGUUUGGAGUGUGACUGUUUGAGGUUGUGGACAGGUGUCUUUUAUACUGAUAACAAGUUCAAACAGGUGCCAUUAAUACAGGUAACGAGUGGAGGACAGAGGAGCCUCUUAAAGAAGAAGUUACAGGUCUGUGAGAGCCAGAAAUCUUGCUUGUUUGUAGGUGACCAAAUACUUAUUUUCCACCAUAAUUUGCAAAUAAAUUCAUAAAAAAUCCUACAAUGUGAUUUUCUGGAUUUCUUUUUCUCCAUUUGUCUGUCAUAGUUGACGUGUACCUAUGAUGAAAAUUACAGGCCUCUCUCAUCUUUUUAAGUGGGAGAACUUGCACAAUUGGUGGCUGACUAAAUACUUUUUUUCACAUGAUAAUAUAUCUGAUAUAUAUACUAUAAUAUAUAUAUACCCAUAUAUAUAUAUAAUAUAUUUACACCUAUAUAUUAUAUAUUAUAUACACAUACAGUGAGGGGGAAAAAAGUAUUUGAUCCCCUGCUGAUUUUGUACGUUUGCCCACUGACAAAGAAAUGAUCAGUCUAUAACUUUAAUGGUAGGUUUAUUUGAACAGUGAGAGACAGAAUAACAACAAAAAAAUCCAGAAAAACACAUGUCAAAAAUGUUAUAAAUGUAUUUGCAUUUUAAUGAGGGAAAUAGGUAUUUGACUCCUCUGCAAAACAUGACUUAGUACUUGGUGGCAAAACCCUUGUUGGCAAUCACAGAGGUCAGACGUUUCUUGUAGUUGGCCACUAGGUUUGCACACAUCUCAGGAGGGAUUUUGUCCCACUCCUCUUUGCAGAUCUUCUCCAAGUCAUUAAGGUUUCGAGGCUGACGUUUGGCAACUCAAACCUUCAGCUCCCUCCACAGAUUUUCUAUGGGAUUAAGGUCUGGAGACUGGCUAGGCCACUCCAGGACCUUAAUGUGCUUCUUCUUGAGCCACUCCUUUGUUGCCUUGGCCAUGUGUUUUGGGUCAUUGUCAUGCUGGAAUACCCAUCCACGACCCAUUUUCAAUGCCCUGGCUGAGGGAAGGAGGUUCUCAUCCAAGAUUUGACAGUACAUGGCCCCGUCCAUCGUCCCUUUGAUGCGGUGAAGUUGUCCUGUCCCCUUAGCAGAAAAACACCCCCAAAGCAUAAUGUUUCCACCUCCAUGUUUGAUGGCAUUCCUCCUCCUACAAACACGGCGAGUUGAGUUGAUGCCAAAGAGCUCCAUUUUGGUCUCAUCUGACCACAACACUUUCACCCAGUUCUCCUCUUAAUCAUUCAGAUGUUCAUUGGCAAACUUCAGACGGGCAUGUAUAUGUGCUUUCUUGAGCAGGGGGACCUUGCAGGCACGGCAGGAUUUCAGUCCUUCACGGCGUAGUGUGUUACCAAUUGUUUUCUUGGUGACUAUGGUCCCAGCUGCCUUGAUCAUUGACAAGAUCCUCCCGUGUAGUUCUGGGCUGAUUCCUCACCGUUCUCAUGAUCAUUGCAACUCCACGAGGUGAGAUCUUGCAUGGAGCCCCAGGCCGAGGGAGAUUGACAGUUCUUUUGUGUUCCAUUUGCGAAUAAUCGCACCAACUGUUGUCACCUUCUCACCAAGCUGCUUGGCGAUGGUCUUGUAGCCCAUUCCAGCCUUGUGUAGGUCUACAAUCUUGUCCCUGACAUCCUUGGAGAGCUCUUUGGUCUUGGCCAUGGUGGAGAGUUUGGAAUCUGACUGAUUGAUUGCUUCUGUGGACAGGUGUAUUUUAUACAGGUAACAAACUGAGAUUAGGAGCACUCCCUUUAAGAGUGUGCUCCUAAUCUCAGCUCGUUACCUGUAUAAAAGACACCUGGGAGCCAGAAAUCUUUCUGAUUGAGAGGGGGUCAAAUACUUACUCAAUUUAUAACCUUUUUGACAUGCGUUUUUCUGGAUUUUUUUGUUGCUAUUCUGUCUCUCACUGUUCAAAUAAACCUACCAUUAAAAUUAUAGACUGAUCAUUUCUUUGUCAGUGGGCAAACGUACAAAACCAGCAGGGGAUCAAAUACUUUUUUCCCUCACUGUAUGUGUAUAUAUAUAUAUAUAUAUAUAUAUAUAUAUAUAUAUAUAUAUAUACACACACACACACACACACACAUAUAUAUAUAUAUAUAUAUAUAUAUAUAUAUAUAUAUAUAUAUAUAUAUAUAUAUAUAUAUAUAUAUAUAUAUAUACACACACACAUUUUGUGUGGCCACCAUUUUCCAGCACUGCCUUAACCCUCUUGGGCAUGGAGUUCACCAGAGCUUCACAGGUUGGCACUGGAGUCCUCUUCCACUCCUCGAUGACGACAUCACGGAGCUGGUGGAUGUUAGAGACCUUGCACUCCUCCACCUUUUGAGGAUGCCCCACAGAUGCUCAAUAGGGGUUAGGUCUGGAGACAUGCUUGGCCAGUCCAUCACCUUUACCCUCAGCUUCUUUAGCAAGGCAGUGGUCGUCUUGGAGGUGUGUUUGGGGUCGUUAUCAUGUUGAAAUACUGCCCUGCGGCCCAGUCUCCGAAGGGAGGGGAUCAUGCUCUGCUUCAGUAUGUCACAGUACAUGUUGGCAUUCAUGGUUCCCUCAAUGAACUGUAGCUCCCCAUGACACUCCCACCACCAUGCUUGACUGUAGGCAAGACACACUUGUCUUUGUACUCCUCACCUGGUUGCCGCCACACACGCUUGACACCAUCUGAACCAAAUAAGUUUAUCUUGGUCUCAUCAGACCACAGGACAUGGUUCCAGUAAUCCAUGUCCUUAGUCUGCUUGUCUUCAGCAAACUGUUUGCGGGCUUUCUUGUGCAUCAUCUUUAGAAGAGGCUUCAUUCUGGGAUGACAGCCAUGCAGACCAAUUUGAUGCAGUGUGUGGCGUAUGGUCUGAGCACUGACAGGCUGACCCCCCACCCCUUCAACCUCUGCAGCAAUGCUGGCAGCACUCAUAUGUCUAUUUCCCAAAGACAACCUCUGGAUAUGACGCUGAGCACGUGCACUCAACUUCUUUGGUCGACCAUGGCGAGGCCUGUUCUGAGUGGAACCUGUCCUGUUAAACCACUGUAUGGUCUUGGCCACCGUGCUGCAGCUCAGUUUCAGGGUCUUGGCAGUCUUCUUAUAGCCCAGGCCAUCUCACUUUUGUUGCCAGCGGUUUAGACAUUAAUGGCUGUGUGUUGAGUUAUUUUGAGGGGACAGCAAAUGUACACUGUUAUACAAGCUGUACACUCACUACUUUACAUUGUAGCAAAGUGUCAUUUCUUCAGUGUUGUCACAUGAAAAGAUAUACUCAAAUAUUUACAAAAAUGUGAGGGGUGUACUCACUUUUGUGAGAUACUGUGUAUAUAUACAUACACACAUUCAAAUACAUUCACUCCAUGGUAACAUGAUCACACAUGCAUAUAUAUGCAUAUACACAUUCAAAUACAUUCACUCCAUGGUAACAUGAUCACACAUGCAGUCCAAGCUUACACACUCACUCUAACCUAUCUGCAUUACAUGCAAACGUUUUCAGAACGUUUGUGUUAACAUUGCCUCAACGUUUCCUCGCCAGGUCUUUCAGAAGCCUCUGCUGGAGUCUGAGCUGCUGACAGAGAAAGAGGUGGCCAUGAUCUUCGUCAACUGGAAGGAGCUCAUCAUGUGUAACAUCAAGCUGCUCAAGUACGCCCCCUAGCCACCUCUGGUCCUGUUGUCAUAACUAUAGUUCAACUAGCUUUAUGGUGGAUAGCAGCUGAUUUUCUUGUGGGUCUUCAUGACUCGUGGUUUAAAGGGGCAAUCUGAGAUUGGUACAUCCAUUUGUACACUUUUAAAGUAAUGAUAUUGCCAUUGAUUCUUGAAGAAUAUAACUUAACAAUUCCUCAUGCGCUUGGUUCAACUGUCUUACUCCAUCAGAACCCAAAAUAUUAGCUUGUUGUAGUCCAUUGUAAUCAAUGUAAUUGUAAACAAACACUGUACAGCUUCAGAACAUGGUUAAAACUAUAACCAGACUCACCAAUCGUCCCAUUCUCCUCUUCCCCCUGUCCCCCAUCACCAGGGCUCUGAGGGUUAGGAAGAAGAUGUCGGGCGAGCGGAUGCCGGUGAAGAUGAUUGGAGACAUCCUGACGGCCCAGCUGCCCCACAUGCAGCCCUACAUCCGCUUCUGCAGCUGCCAGCUCAACGGGGCCACGCUCAUCCAGCAGAAGACAGACGAGGUGCCUGAGUUCAAGGACUUUGUCAAGGUAAUGGAGAAAGACCGUAAAGAAGGCGUUGUCUGCGUCACCGUCCCAAAUGACAACAUAUUCCCUAUAUAGUGCACAACGUUUGACCAGAGCUCUGUGUUUGACUUAUUUGUAUUGAACUUUUAUUGGCCUCUAGAGAGGCUGAAUGUCUCGUGCACAUUGUUUGUUCAUGCACCUUGGUUGGUUGGUUGGCUGUGAAUAGCCUUGAUCCCAGGCGCUCUUGGUUUCUUUGUGUGAUGUCUGACACCGCAAGACUAGACUGAGAUACUAGCGUCAGUACGCUUUCUUAUUUGAGGGUAGCCGAGCCACAGCACUAGGAUAGCACCAUAGCACUCAUAGCACCCAUAGCACUCAUGUAUAUAUAUUCAUAUAUAAGUGUUGUUAGGUUCUAUGCUGAUAUCUGAUAGUAAUAAUAUUUCCUCUCCCCUACAGAGACUGGCCAUGGACCCAGGCUGUAAGGGAAUGCCCCUCUCCAGCUUCCUCCUCAAACCCAUGCAAAGGGUGACGCGCUACCCCCUCAUCAUCAAAAAUGUAUGUACACACACAUUUUCUCACACACACUCUUCCCACCAUCUGAAAAAAAGUGUAUGUGAUUGAGAAGCCUGACCACAGCCUCUGAAGUUAAGCAGGGUUGGUCCUGGUUGGUCCCUGGAUGCUAGACCAGAUGCUGUUGGAAGUGGUGUUGGAGGGCCAGUAGGAGGCACUCUUUCCUCUGGUCUAAAAAAUAUAUAUAUCCCAAUGCCCCAGGGCAGUGAUUGGGGACAUUUCCCUUUGUAGGGUGCCGUCUUUCGGAUGGGACGUUAAACGGGUGUCCUGACUCUCUGUGGUCACUAAAGAUCCUAUGGUACUUAUCGUAAAAGUAGGGCUAAAUUCCCAAUCUGUCCCUCAUACCAUCAUGGCCACCUAAUCAUACCCAGCUUCCAAUUGGCUCAUUCAUCCCCCCUCCUCUCCCCUGUAACUAUGCCCCUGGUUGUUGCUGUAGAUGAGAAUGUAUUCUCAGUCAACCUACCUGGUAAAAUAAGGGUUAAAUAUAAUAAAUAAAUAUAAAACAUUUAGCUGAUACAUACACACUGGAAUUGACUAUCUGUAACUGUGUGUGAUGCGGCUCAGAUCCUAGAGAACACUCCGGAGGCUCACCCGGACCAUAGCCAUCUGAAGCAGGCUCUGGAGAAGGCUGAGGAGCUGUGUUCCCAGGUCAACGAGGGCGUCAGGGAGAAGGAGAACUCUGACCGUCUGGAGUGGAUCCAGGCCCACGUCCAGUGUGAGGGGCUUUCUGAGGUAAUACACACAUACACACAGAGACGGACAAACACACACACAAAUCAGAAUGUCACUGUAAAAUAAGAUUUUUUUCUUAACUGACUCGCCUGGUUAAAUAAAGGUAAAAUAAAACAAUGAAAAACACAGGAACAUGUACUUGAUUCCACAAAAAUACCCACACAAUUGACACAUUUCCACAUCGUGAAUACAGACUCACUCCCAGCACACCUACUUGGCCCUUUUUCUUUCACGACUUUCUUUUAGCAACUCGUGUUCAACUCAGUGACCAACUGCCUGGGCCCGCGCAAGUUCCUGCACAGCGGCAAACUCUACAAGGCCAAGAGCAACAAGGAGCUGUAUGGCUUCCUGUUCAACGACUUCCUCCUUCUGACUCAGAUCAUCAAGCCCCUGGGCUUCUCGGGCUGUGACAAGGUGUUCAGUGCCAAGUCCCACCUGCAGUACCGCAUGUACAAGACGGUGAGUCCCAAAUGGCACCUUAUAGAGCAGCGAUUCUCAACUGGUGGGUUGUGACCCAAAUUUGGAUUGUGGGAUUUUGUUUAUAUAUACAUUUUUUUUUUUUAUGAAAGAAUACUCCAAUCUGAACUUAAAUGACAGAAAACCAGGUAGAAAGUGUGUAGAAAUGAUAAUGAACUUACAUUUUUUAAUUUGAUCUAUGAACAAUUUUUCUUCAAUCACAGUAUUUUCAAUAUAGAGCUAUUAGCAAUGUUAUUUUGGUUGAUUUUGUAGUCUCAAGCCAGUGAGUUUAUUAACAUUCUUCAUCAAGAAUAUGGGCAAGGGCUUCCCGAGUGGCGCAGCGGUCUAAGGCACUGCAUCGCAGUGUUGCGGAGUCCCAUAGGGCAGCGUACAUUUGGCCCAGCGUUGUCCGGGUUAGGGGAGGGUUUGGCCGGGGGAGCUUUACUUAGCUCAUCGAGCUCUAGCGACUCCUUGUGGCGUACUGGGCGCCUGCAAGCUGACUUCGGUCGUCAGUUGAACAGUGUUUCCUGCGACACAUUGGUGCAGCUGGCUUAUGGGUUUAGUGAGCAGGUGUUAAGAAGCACGGCUUGGCGGGUCAUGUUUCGGAGGACGCAUGACUCGACAUUCGCCUCUCCCGAGCUCGUUUGGGAGUUGCAGCGAUGAGACAAGAUCGUAAUAACGAAAUUGGGGAGAAAAAGGGGGUAAAAAUAAAAUAUUUUUGUAUAUAUAUAAUAUGGGCAAGAUUGUAUUAUUGACAAUGAAAGAGGUGGGAAUGUUGUUCCCUUGUCAUUUAAUUGCUACAUUUCCUAUCAAUAAAGCAUUCAAAAUAGUUUUCCAGAUUGUAUUUUGGCUAUUUAUUUUGGCGAUGCGACUGAGAAAACCUGGUUCAAUUUGGGUCCCAAGGCAGAACCAGUUGAGAACCACUGCUAUAGGGAAUACAGUACAUUUGACCAGGGCCCAUAGGACCACUUUGGGAGGAAGGAGAGAUAAUUGGGACGUGGCCUUGGUCUUGGACAUGCCGCACAAAUCCCCACGUACAGUAGAAUUGCAUUUGUGUGGCAUGUUCAAGACCCAAUUAUCUCUCCUUCCUGUACACUUGUUCACUUCCCUUUACUGAUUUGAAAGGAAUAGACCUGUAUAAGAAAUAUUGUGGAAACUCCCUUUAGGCCAAACCUGCACCAAUCCCAUGCUUUUAGAUUUGUGGGAAGUAGUAAACGAGUGCAAACUUCAGGAACGAGACGAGAUAUUAUUGCAACACACCCCAGGAGUUCUGACCUCGUUGUGACCUCUGACCUUUAAACCCCAAAUCAGCCCAUCUUCCUGAACGAGGUGUUGGUGAAGCUGCCAACAGACCCCUCGGGAGACGAGCCCAUCUUCCACAUCUCCCACAUCGACAGGGUCUACACCAUACGGGCAGAGAGCAUCAACGAGAGGUACACACAUAUACACACACAGACGUAUGCAUGCACUCACAGACACGUACACGGACUCUCUCUCUCUUACACACGUACACAUAGCCAAGGCUUUCUUUUGACCUUGUUGUGAUGACUCAUGCAGGACUGCUUGGGUGCAGAAGAUCAAGGCUGCUUCUGAGCUCUUCAUCGAGACAGAGAAGAAGAAGAGGGAGAAGGCCUACCUGGGUAUAACAUCCUGUCUCUCUGCUCCUCUAUAGGUCCACUGUGUCUGGGAGGGACUGCUUUGUCAGCUACCCUCCCGGACCAGGGUCUCAAAAGCACUGUUGGUAACACUUUAUAUGAGUGUUUUUUUUUAAGCUUCUUUGGGUUUCAGAAAAGCCCUAUAUAAGUACUUUGUAUUAUUACUUGAACUUACCCCCUUAUAUCGGUGUAACCUUGUAAUUAUGCUAGUAACAUUUUAUGAAAAUGUUGCUACAUAGUAUUGUAGGAAUUGUGGAGUUGAGCGAUUUCUGUAAUUAUACAUGAGGAAUAGUGACUGCUUAUUCCACUUUUGACAAAGACGGCUUAAUUUCACUAAGAAGCAAGGAACUAGCUAACAACAAUUUGGUUUCUAAUGUAUGUACAGUGUUAGUACACAGGAAUAAGAGCAACUUAAUGUAAAGUGUUACCAAACUAUCUCUCAUGACAACUGAGUGUUUUCAUGCUGGCAUUGUCUUGUCUGACUUUGCCAUGUGUUUGUCCCUGACCAUUACGUUUAUGUCUGCCUCUGACCAUUACGUUUAUGUCUGCCUCGAUGCAGUUCGCUCACAGAGGGCUACGGGCAUCGGCCGGCUGAUGGUAAACAUUGUGGAGGGCAUCGAGCUGAAGCCCUGCCGCUCCCACGGUAAGUCCCUAGAGAUGACCUCCUGCCACCCCCGGACCUGAGGUUCAUCUCAACACUGAUAUGUGUCUCUCUGACACGAGAGAGUGACACACACCAUCCUUUAAUACAUGUCGAUUGCUGUUCAGUACACAGGAGAAGAAUGAUAGUUUUAACAGUACAUGCAGGGGUUCAAAUAGUAUUUUGAGCUUGCCUGCAGUGCCAGAUGGGUGAGGUUUGCACUUUUGGGACUGUUCCAUUUCACCAGGCCAGCUCAAUCGAGCACAAGUAUGUGGAGGAUUUAAAAUACUGUUUUGUGGAGGAAUACCCAUAUUGGUCUAUUCUGUGGUAACGUCUAUACAACUGUGCCGAUCUGUUAUUGGUUUGUAAAAUCCUGGUAACUUUCCGAAAAGUUUUUUCCAGAAAUUCCAGUUUGAGGAUUCCAGGAAUCCAGAGGGAAUAAGCUUGCAGGGAAUCCUCCAUCUUGGAAUUCUUCAACCGGGAUUUCUUUAAAACCAGGGGAUUUUGGGAAAGUGUGCGGAAUUUUGCAGCCCUAAGUUGUGAUCUCUUCUCAGGUAAGAGCAACCCGUACUGCGAGGUGACGAUGGGUUCCCAGUGCCACAUCACCAAGACCCUGCAGGACACGCUCAACCCCAAGUGGAACUCCAACUGUCAGUUCUUCAUCAAGGACCUGGAGCAGGAUGUGCUGUGUGUCACCGUGUUUGAGAGGGACCAGUUCUCUCCUGACGGUGAGGCUGCGCGCACACACACACACACACACACACACACACACACACACCAGAAUAACACUCUGUUUAAAAAGGCUACGGUGAGACUAUGUGCACACACGCAACCUCAUACACACACACAAACAGUCUUUUAUUGACAAGAUGCCUUUUUGAUUCGGUGUGCUGUCAUGCGAUAUAUUCUAUCACAAUAUAUGGUGUGACACAACCUUGUAUUGAACCCUCUUUACUUGUAUACUCAUCAUCCUUCUGUCUGUCUGACUGUGUGUAGAUUUCCUAGGCAGGACAGAGAUCCGUCUGGCGGACAUUAAGAAGGACCAGGGCUCCAAAGGGCCAAUCACCAAGAGGCUGCUGCUCCACGAGGUGCCCACAGGAGAGAUUGUCGUACGGCUGGACCUGCAGCUCUUCGAGGAGCCCUAG